UCUCCCUGCCAUUUCUGCAACACACCUAACUACCACAGCUUGUGAACUAUCAAGAGUGAGUAGUAGAGUUUGCAGUGACAACGAGAUGAGGAGAUCAAUCCUCUCACUGUGCUUCCAUUUGGCGCUUGUCAUUGCAUUGGCAGCAAAUGUUCCUGACAUUGCCAAUGGACGCGUGAUUGAAGCUAAAUCUGAUCCAAAGCCAGCAGAUCCCAAGCCUAAACCUGACCCAACACCAAAACCACAACCAGAGACAAAGCCCAGUCCACAGCCUAACCCUCAACCUAACCCACAGCCAGAUCCAAAACCAUCACCGCAGCCUGAUCCAAAACCUACACCACAGCCUGAACCAAAACAAGAUCCUCAACCAAACCCACAGCCGGAUCCAAAACAAUCGCCGCAGCCUGACCCAAAACCUACACCACAGCCUAACCCAAAACAAGAUCCUCAACCGAACCCACAACCUGACCCAAAACCAACGCUGCAACCUAACCCAAAACAAGAUCCUCAGCCGAACCCACAGCCUAACCCGAAACCAACGCCACAGCUUGACCCGAAACAAGAUCCUCAACCGAACCCACAACCUAGCCCCAAAGCUGACCCAAAACCAAAUCCAAAGCCUAAGCCACAACCGGAGCCGAGCCCAAAUCCUAAGCCGGAGCCAAAACCUGAACCCAAACCUGAGCCGAGUCCUAACCCCAAGCCAAAUCCUAAUCCCAAGCCGGAGCCACAGCCUGAUCCUAAGCCAGAACCCAAGCCUCAGCCAGAGCCGUCUCAACCAAAGCUGCCACCACUUUCACCAGCAAUAGCUAUAAUUGUGCCCGGGAACUGAGUAGACUUGGUUGUUUGCUACGUAUGAUCCCGCAUACUUUUGGUAUGUACUAUUGCUCUAGUGACUAUUUGUGUGUUUUUCGUGUGUUGUUCACUAGUGUGUCCAUGUGGCUAUCUAUGUGUUUUCUUAAUGCCGUUGCAUAUGAGCAGGCGUGCUUCUUAUAAUAAAGCAUACAUACAUACAUACAUACAUACAUACAUACAUAUAUAUAUACACGUGUGUUAUGUAUGUGCGUACAUACCAUCAAUAAAAAGAGCAUGUAUCCCUGUGUGUCAAUAUUUCUGGGCUGUUUUAUGAAAUUGUAUCUGUUCUGCUGA